AAGAUCCUCCCAUGACAAACGUCUUUCUCCACACAAUUCUAAUUGCCUUUCUUCAAAGAAAGACCUUUUUUGGCAAUCAAUCAUCACCUCCAAAUUAUCAGUUUCAGAAAUGAUGUCCUUGCUAGCCAACCUUUCUUUCGUACUCCUUUUCCUAGCCAUCAUCGCCCACCAAACUCCAUGGCCUAUCACUGUCCUUUUACUCUCAUUAUUCUCUUCCUUUGCUCUCUCUCUGAACUAUUGGUUAGUCCCUGGAGGUUUUGCAUGGAGAAACCAUCACGACAAUCAAAACCCUUCAAAGUUCCGGGGUCCAAUUGGCUGGCCUGUACUAGGCACUUUACCUCAAAUGGGUUCACUUGCUCAUCGAAAACUAGCUAGCAUGGCUAACUCGUUAGGUGCAACUAAGCUUAUGGCAUUUAGUCUAGGCACAACUCGUGUGAUCAUUAGUAGCCACCCAGACACGGCCAGAGAAAUCCUAUGUGCGUCUUCUUUCGCUGACCGUCCUGUAAAGGAAUCAGCUCGUUUGUUAAUGUUUGAGCGUGCCAUUGGCUUUGCUCCAUCCGGGGACUAUUGGCGACACUUACGUAGAAUUGCUGCAAAUCAUAUGUUUUCCCCUAGGAAAAUCUCUGGUCUAGAGCCACUUAGGCAACGUUUAGCUAAUGAAAUGUUGGCGGAAGUGAGUGGGGAGAUGAAGGAGAGACGGGGUGUUGUGCUAAGAGGGAUAUUACAAAAAGGUUCAUUAAGUAAUGUACUGGAGAGUGUUCUUGGCAGUGAUGUCCAUGUGAAAAGGGAGGAGUUAGGGUUCAUGGCUCAAGAAGGAUUUGACUUGGUUUCAAGAUUUAAUUUGGAGGACUAUUUUCCACUAAGAUUUUUAGACUUUCAUGGGGUGAAGAGAAGGUGUUAUAAGCUGGCUGGCAAGGUUAAUAGUGUUGUGGGUCAAUUUGUGAGGGAAAGAAAAAGAGCUGGGGACUUCAGGAGUCGUAGUGACUUUCUUAGUGCUUUGUUGUCUUUGCCCGAGCAAGAGCGGUUGGACGAAUCAGAUAUGGUUCCUCUUUUGUGGGAGAUGAUAUUUCGAGGAACAGACACAGUUGCUAUACUUCUCGAGUGGAUCAUGGCGAGGAUGGUGUUGCACCCAGAGAUCCAAGCUAAGGCCCAUCAAGAGCUUGAAAAGUUCAUUGGCAAUCACAGGCAAGUGCAAGAUUCUGACAUCCCUAAUCUACCCUACCUCCAAGCAAUAGUCAAGGAAGUCCUACGACUGCACCCACCUGGCCCACUUCUCUCGUGGGCCCGUAUUGCCAUCCACGAUGUGCACGUGGACAAAAUGUCUAUCCCCGCUGGCACAACAGCAAUGGUCAACAUGUGGGCCAUAACACAUGACCCGUCCAUUUGGAAGGAUCCAUGGGCCUUCAAUCCAGACCGGUUCAUGGAAGAGGAUGUGUUGAUAAUGGGUUCAGAUUUGAGGCUUGCACCUUUUGGGUCAGGGCGCAGGGUGUGUCCAGGCAAGGCACUUGGGUUAGCCACGGUGCACCUAUGGCUAGCACGGCUUUUACACGAGUACAAGUGGCUACCCGCCAAGCCCGUAGAUCUUUCUGAGUGUUUGAGGCUCUCUCUCGAAAUGAAAAGGCCACUGGAAUGCCACGUGGUUCCAUGGGGCCAAUUUGCUGAUUUUGAUCAGAAAACUUAGUGGAUGGUUGUUUUUAGGCGUAUGGUAUCGUGUGGAGUGGUUGUUUGUAAAUUAUAAUAAUCUACUUCCCUCCUAGAUUGUGUAAAGAAGUAAGGUUGUGUGUUCGGUGUA